CCUUCUCAUUAGCCGCUGAUGUGUUGAGUCGCGACCCUGCUGCCCAUCUCGUGAGCUUCGGCCUUGCGCGACCUACCUGCACCUCAUCUGCAUCCCCGGUCCAGUUCUACACAGGCAUCCUCAUUUAUAUCUGCAUCUUGCAUCAUCUGUAAUUUAUUGCGCAAGAGACCAUGCCGUCUGAAUUAUCACAACGUUCACAAGAAACAGCCGACUAUAUACGUUCGCGCAUCAGUAAAGAAGGCACUUGGCAACAACCGCGUGCUGCCGUCAUUUGCGGGUCUGGCCUCGGCGGCUUGGCUGAUACGUUUGAGGAAACAGUGACGAUUCCGUAUGGCGAUAUACCAAAUUUCCCGGAAAGUACGGUCGUGGGUCAUGCGUCAAAGUUGGUGUAUGGCUUGGUGGGUGAGAAUAAAGUACCUGCACUUGCCAUGGUUGGCAGAUUUCAUUUCUAUGAAGGGCAUGCGAUUACAACGACGACCUUUCCGGUGCGUGUGUUUAAGAAACUUGGUAUUCCUGUCUUGAUUGCAACGAAUGCUGCUGGCGGUCUUAAUGAGCAUUACCGCGUUGGAGAUCUCGUUGUGCUGAAUGAUCACUUGAAUCUCCCUGGACUGGUGGGACAGAACCCACUCUUUGGGCCUAACGAUGAGGAGUUUGGCACACGCUUUCCACCUUUGUCAGACGCAUAUGACCUCGACUUGCGCAGAUCCUUCUUCAAUGCUUCUCGCACACUCGGCUCAACGCUCACACGCACGAUUCACGAAGGUGUCUAUGCGUUUGUUGGUGGACCGACCUAUGAAACGCGCGCUGAAUGUCGUAUGCUCAAGAUGCUCGGUGCUGAUCUCGUGGGGAUGUCAACGGUGCCUGAGAUUGUCGCUGCUCGGCAUUGUGGGAUCCGUGUACUGGGUAUCUCCCUUGUGACGAAUGAAGCUGUUUUGGCACCGGUGCCGAGCGGGAAGGAGGUGGAUGGCGUGGAUGGUGAAGCAGCGAUGAAGAAGGGAAUGGCGAAUCAUGAGGAGGUGUUGGAGGCUGGCCGGGCAGCUGCGUUGGAUAUGCAGACAUGCGUUGCUUCUGUAGUGAACGCUCUAUAGAUCGUGCUGGUCUACUACAGUCUGGUUGUGCCAUCUGAAGUGCCAGGGUUAGGCUCACCCAGUGCGACGUCAACAAGAGCGAGAGAGCAAGAGAGAGCAAGAGAGAGCAAGAGAGAAGCUGACUAACCGCUCAAGCAACAGGCAUCUAGACC